CUUUUUAUUCGAUUAUGGUCAUUUUGUAUGCCUCUCUGAUCAUCAGUUCAAUAAAAUGUAUCGCCACGUACGGUUCACAUUAAUUCUGCUUGCACUGAGUGCGCUUAACGCCGCAGUAAUCGAUCCAUCCGAGAAAUCCUCACACAAUUUAUAUUGCCAAGUGUUCCAAAGCAAUGACUUUGGCGGUGAAUCAUUUCAAAUCGCCCAAUCGCAAAAAAUCAACAAUUUCGCACUGUUGACGGAAUCGUGGACUGAUGUGGGAUCGAAUCACACCGACCAAUUCUAUUCGUUCAAAUUGCCCGCUUCGAUACCCGCUGGAACGAACUGUGUUGUUAAAUCGUGUACGGAGGAGAAUUUCGGUGGAAAUUGUACGGUCUUUAAGCUAUCACAAGAACGCAUUCAGCCGUAUCGUUUAAAGUCGUUCGAGUGUAAUUGCUUCAAUGUCGAUGAAGAUAAAAUAGUAGAAAAUGAGAAGGCCACAGAUGUUCACAUAAAUGGUCAGGCAAGUAUGAAGCAAGUCUGCGAUGACGGUGACUAUUCAACAUUUACAAAUUUCACGACAAUCGGAAAAACGAUAGUCGGUGUUGGGCGAAAUUACAUUUGGCACAAAACCGAUCUAUCGAAAGUAGUUGCGAGUGGAUCCAGCCCUGAUGAUCCGAUUAUUUUUCUUAAGCCAGCCUCAUCGUAUUUGUCGGAAGGCAGUUUGAUUCACUUACCUCGUAACCUCGGUGUAAUCUAUUACGAACUAGAGCUGGCCGUUGUAAUCGGAAAAUCAGCUCGUUAUGUGUCCGCAACGGAUGCUAUGGAUUAUGUGGCAGGAUAUGCCCUAGCGUUAGAUAUGACAGCAAAAGAAAUUCUGAAAUCGUCAAUUUCAAAAGGCCUGCCAUGGACUGUCUCCAAAUCGUUCGAUGGAGCUUGCCCGAUUGGAGCAUUCAUACCGAAAGCGUGCAUACAAAAUCCGCACGAUCUCCAAUUAACAGCCAGCGUUAAUGGUGUGAUCAAGCAAAAUGACAGCACAAGUAAGAUGAUCUUCAAGAUACCGCAACUGAUUGCAUUUGUCUCCAGUUUUAUGACAUUGGAAGCGAACGAUGUGAUUUUAACGGGUACACCGGACGGAUUCGGGGCAGUUAAGUCUGGAGAUAUAAUUGAGGGAUGGCUGGAUGGUAAUGUGAACGAUAGUUUGUCUAAAAUAAAAUUUGUUGUUGCGUAGAAA